GCUGGAGGUUGGAAUUUCAGUUUUCUGAGGACAGUGAAAAAAGCGCUCUGGACACUAACUGCGAGACGUGACAAUAGAGACCUUCGAGCGCAAGCAAUCGCAGGCAGUUUAACCGUGGUGGAUUGUAACAGCAGUAAAAUGCCUUUAGGAGAAGAUGGCAAUGACUGGAAAAAGAAAACUGCAGAUAUUAAAGAGAUUUACAAUUUCAAGGAUGUCCUGGGGACGGGUGCCUUCUCGGAGGUUGUUCUAGCAGAGGAGAAGCGAACAAAUAGGCUUGUUGCCAUCAAGUGUAUCACCAAGAAAGCCCUGGAGGGCAAAGGGAACAACAUCGAGAACGAGAUCGCCGUCCUUCACAAAAUUAAACAUGCAAACAUUGUUUCUCUGGAGGAUAUCUUCGAAAGCAAAUCCCACCUGUACCUCGUCAUGCAACUGGUCUCUGGGGGUGAGCUCUUCGACAGGAUUGUGGAGAAGGGCUUCUACACAGAGAAAGAUGCCAGCAAAUUGAUCCAGCAGAUCCUGGACGCCGUCAAGUACCUGCACGACAUGGGCAUCGUGCACCGGGAUCUGAAGCCAGAGAACCUGUUAUACUACAGCAUGGAUGAAGACUCAAAGAUCAUGAUCAGUGACUUUGGAUUGUCAAAGAUCGAAGGGUCUGGAAGUGUGAUGUCCACAGCCUGUGGGACGCCAGGAUAUGUGGCGCCUGAAGUCUUGGCUCAGAAGCCGUACAGUAAGGCAGUGGAUUGCUGGUCUAUAGGAGUCAUUGCUUAUAUCCUUUUGUGUGGUUAUCCCCCAUUUUAUGAUGAGAACGAUGCCAAGCUUUUCGAGCAGAUACUGAAAGCGGAAUACGAGUUUGACUCUCCGUACUGGGACGAUAUCUCAGAUUCAGCCAAAGACUUCAUUGUUCACUUGAUGGAGAAGGACCCAAGAAAGCGGUACACUUGUGACCUGGCACUGCAGCACCCCUGGAUUGCUGGAGACACCGCUCUGGACAAGAACAUCCACGAAUCUGUCAGUGCUCAGAUUAAAAAGAACUUUGCCAAAAGUAAAUGGAAGCAAGCGUUUAAUGCCACGGCUGUCGUGCGUCACAUGAGGCGGCUGCAGCUGGGCACCAGUCAGGAGGGUCCGAGCCAGAACACGCCCAGCAGCCCCAGCCAUGGGGAGCUGCUAGUGCCAGAGGGGGUAGAGGACAACGGGUCACACUGCGAUAGGAAGUGUUCAGAGAAGUCAGAGGAGAGCGCAGAGCAUGACGUGCUGCCAAACUGCACCUUCCGCUGCCAUCAAGCCAGCCGGGUCUGAGCAGAGAAUCUGCACUCCCACAAUCAGUAAACACUGGAGCCCGGAAUCCCAGUCUGGCCAGGAAUAGAGUUAUAUCAGCACCCUCCAGCAGGGGGAGGUGCUGUUAAAAGAAUACAGGGUGGGGAGGGACAAUUUGCCAAUGAUGUAAGAUGCUGGAGGGAACAUUUGUUUAGGUUGGGGUUUGGGGUAUAGGGAUUGUUUGGUGGAAAGGGUAUUGUGGUAAAAAAAAAAAAAAAAGUCUCUGAAAGGUUAUGGCUAGGGGUUUAUUUUUUUAAUUUUUAUUUUUUACUUAUUACUGUUUGUAUUGAAUUUUUUGUCCAUUAACCAGGAUAAGGUAGUGGUAGUAGUGACUAGGAUAAAUUAGAGAUGUAUUAUACGCGUAAACCUUCAUUCCCUCAAAUUGGAAUGCAUUAAAAGACAAAAAAUAGAAUACAAAGGAAAAUAAAAUGCUAACAGUGAACCCUGUCCCCAACCUACAGUUCGUGGUCAUCUGGUCACCAUCAAAUAAACAGAGAUAGGAGAAGCCACAUAUACCAGCAUAAGCCAUCUAAUCCUCUUUUUUCAUCGCGGCAGUGAUAGGGUGAUUUCUUAUUAUAAUUGGGAUUAAUAGUGGGCUAACAGUGGAUUUUCUUGCAUAUGAUAAGCUUUCAUCGACAAUACAGUAAUUAAAACAAUUUUAAAAAUUGCAUUUAAAAUACUGCAGUUGAAUUAAAAUCCUAAGUAGUCUGUCAUUUUCUCAGUCCUGCUCUCAGUUCCCCAGUGCCUUGCAAACAGCAGUUUUCAUGUUGUUGCACUAAUAAUUGGUCUUCUAACUUAAAUAGUUGAGAUGAUAUUGAAAAUCUUAAAAAUUCAAGAAACGGUGAUUAUUUAUGAACGGUUUUAAAACAGAUAUGUUUUUGUUUUGUUUUUUUUAAUUGAAAUGUUUUUUUAAAUCAAAGUAAUGUAGGUAGGUAGAUUUUUGUUAAGAAUUCCAGGUGGAGUUGCAUCUCAAGUAGGGUGGCCUUUAUCGUUUUACAUAAUCUGAUGACAAAAAGAAGACCCAUAACAUGUACCCUUAGGAAGAAUUAUUUUGGUCACUGGCAUAAAAACCAAAUCUGGCACCCAUUAUCAGAUACUACUUCUUCCACUUAACCCCACCGAAGGGCUUCUUAAAAAGCGCAGCCUGGACAAGAGUCCAGCCGUGAGUAUCUAGAAUGUACUGUAUGUCCUUAUUGCUAGCUAACCUGAGUUCUUCCAUACAUUUUCCUCAUUUGACACUGGGGUACUCCCUUAGUCAUACUACCUUUUCAUCAGCCUUCAAGUGUUGACAUAAAAUAAACAACUUUCUCCGUCACUCACAUAUCAGUAAGUGUACACAUCAGUUUUUCCUUCUGGUCACAUAAUCCACAGACUGGGGGCCAAUCCCACAUACACCAAAUGGACACUAAUGCAUUAGGCUGUUUUUUUGAAACUCAGGGCAAUUUCAGUUCUAAUGCCCAUAAAUAGGUGUGACGAGAUCUGUGAAAAGGAGUUCACAAGUUAACUUGUAAUAAUCCUGUGAGAGGUUUGGAACUAUAGUUGUUUGGCCAUUUAUUAUAUUAUCCCAAAACUGAUAACCUGCUAUUUACUUAUGAGUUGUUUUCAGUCUUAGACGUCCUCAUAAAAUAUCACGAGCAUCAGUCUUUGCCCCCCCCCCCCCGUCAUUGCUCAUCCUAAUGCCCAGUCACUCACCCCACGCUUUUUAUUUCAAUUUCAAACCACCUUGACCAUACGCUGCUUGCAUGGUAAUGUACUUGUGUGAUCUACAGUAAUAUCAGAUCAAGUUUGUACAAAAUAGUAAUUUUGUAGUACUAAUAAUAAUUAGAAUACAUUCUAUAGUUUGGGUUGAUUAAACUUUUUCCAAAAUAGUUCCUUUGGUUUGACAGGUACACCACAUUAAGGGAGUCUGCUUUUUUUCAUAGUACAGAGAUCUUCAGUCAUACUUGGCCUUGCAAAAUUUAAAUCUAGUGCGGUACGUCUAUGAAUUUCUUUGCACUUCAAGCACAAAACGUUUUUGCAGGUUGUUGCUUCUGUAAGCCAUUUGAGUACAUCGCCAAAAAAGAUUUCUCUCAAGUAGGUUAUAAAUGCUGCUAUUCGUGAGCCAAGUACUUAAAAUGUAAUGUCCACGAAUAUUAGUCACUCGUUUGUAUUUCAGACUGUAGGACUGAUUUGCCCAAGUAAAACAGAUUCAUAUUAAUCCCCUGUCAUUUGUGUGUGUCACCAGAUAACUAAACUAUUGUUGACGACUGUUAAUAUUUUUUUUUGUCCUGUGUAAAAUAAAUAAACAAAUAAAUACAUACUUGCAUAAAUAAAUAAAUAAAUAACAUGUAUAACAUACUAUAUUUUAGAUUAGUAAUACGUUAUAUCACAAUCAUUUACAUUGGCAAAUAUAUAACUUAGCUUCAGCCAAAUUAACUGGAAUGUGUUGUAUAUUACAGGAAAAUAUGUCAUAUGCUGAAGGUCUGAUUGAAAAGAAGCAUCAGGCUUCAAAAGCAAAGCAAAAAAACAGACAAAUAACCGGAUUACGUGAGGAUCAUGCAUAAUAACAGUGAUAAAUAUGCAAAAAAUACAUUUUUUGUCUUUUUUUUGUUUUUUUUUUUGUUUGUGUUGUUUUUAUUUUAAACUCUGAAAUGUCAUUCCAUCUGUAAAGUCACUUUUAUUAAAGAAUGUUAAUGAAUGAUUUUUAAUCCUUA